AUGGCUGCCGCUCUUACCUCUGCUGCCUCGGGAUCCGUAUCAGAUCGACUGAGUCGUAAAAGAACUAUUAUGAUCGGCGCAAUUAUCGGUGCAGUGGGAUGCUUCGUCGAGGCUGCUGCGAUCAAAUUGUGGAUGCUCAUACUCGGUCGGAUCCUCGCUGGCGCUGGAGAGGGGUUGUUCAUCAACACGAUCUCAGUUUAUCUCGUAGAAAUCUCCCCGCCAGCUGUCCGCGGCAAGACAGCUUGCACCCUUCAGCUCCUUAUCACCAUUGGCAUCAUUGUUGGCUACUUUACCUGCUACUUCUCCGUAUCCCUCCCCUCGACUUUUUCCUUCAGAAUCCCGUUCAUCAUUCAGGGCAUUUGCUGCUGUCUUCUCGCAGUAGGCACACCACUCAUUCCACAUUCUCCUAGAUGGUUGGCGGCAAAGGGGAGAGAGGAAGAGGCCUGGCGUGUGAUUGCGGUAUUCGAUCCCGAAGGCGGGGAUAGGCAACGCGAAAAGAUUCAGGACGCCCUCCAAAGGGAACGGGAGUAUCAUGAUGAAUUGCAUCGACGGCGUAUGCUCAAGUCGUCCCUUGCGUCCCAACGACAGGCGGAAGAAGUGACUUCAGGAAAGAGAUAUGCGCCGUCGCCCGUUGGUGCGGCACUAAGCUCGAUCAAGGAAAAUGAGCAUGUUGCUGCUGUUGCAGACGCGUUUGGAAAAGGCCGAAAAGAGAGGACAUUGUUUGGUAUGUUGCUGAUGGGAUUACAACAACUCUCUGGAAUCGAUGGAGUUUUGUUCUAUGCGCCCAUCUUGUUCGCUCAGGCUGGCCUCGGCUCACGAAAGGCGUCAUUCCUGGCUUCUGGGAUCUCCGGUAUCGUCAACUUUGUCGCCACAAUCCCCUCUCAGUUCUGGUUGAUUGACAAAUGGGGACGUCGACCGUGCUGGAUUAUCGGUGGUCUCGUCAUGGGCUUCUGUAUGACCGUCAUCGGUGCCAUGUACGCGAGUGGCUACGUGAAGCAGGACGCGGGACGGUGGAUCGUCAUUGCUCUGAUCUAUGUGUUUGUCUCUGCAUUCGCAAUGACAUGGGCUGUCGUCGGGAAAAUUCUGACAACGGAAAUGCAACCUUCGCGGACACGCGCAACUGCCUCAUCACUCGCACAGACGACAAACUGGCUAGUAAAUGUCAUUGUUGCGCUCACCACACCGGUUUUCCUGCAACGGAGUCCAUCUGGGCCGUAUUUCAUGUUUGGGGGUUUCCUCUGUUGGUCCUCUUCCUCCUCCCUAGCCGAGUAA